GCUCUUUCUUGCCCUACCAGGGAUGGUACUUUGAGUGAAUGACCUCCCUGGAGACCAUUCUUCUGCUGCCCUCGUCAUCAGCCAGGAGGCAGAAGAUCCCACUGGUCCAGAAAAGAAAAGCCCAUUUCUCUUGAGUGUCAAGAAGCUGCCUCAUGCUUGGGGGAUCAGGGUGGCUAUGGCUGUUGUAUUCAAUGCCCUGUUGCUACUGGUGCUGUGUGGAAAUACUGCUUCAGGAGAUCAGCCUGUGCCAACAAAACCUCCUGGGGCUUUGAACUAUGAAUUGCCUAUCGCAGAAUAUGAGACCCAAGAUACCUUCGAUGCUGGGAUUGUUGGGCCUCUCUACCAAAUGGUGAACAUCUUCCUCAACGUGGUCCAGCCAAAUGACUUCCCGCUAGAUAUGAUCAGAAAAAUCAUACAGACGAAGUCUGACCUCUCAGUUCAUUCCAAGGAGCCAGAAAAUAUAGUCUUGGCUUUGAAGAUCGCCUACUAUGAAAUCGGAGUUCUUGUCUGCGCCAUCCUGGGCCUGCUCUUCAUUAUCCUCAUGCCCCUGGUGGGCUACUUCUUCUGUAUGUGCCGUUGCGGUAACAAAUGUGGCGGAGAGAUGCACCAGCGACAGAAGCACAACCAGGUGUGCAGGAGGCAAUGCUUCGCCAUGUCCCUCCUGGUGAUUUGUCUGCUUAUGAGCCUUGGCAUCAUGUAUGGCUUUGUGGCCAACCACCAGAUAAGGACCCGGAUCAAAAAGACCCAGACACUGGCAGAGAGCAAUUAUAGAGACUUUCAGAUAUUCCUGAAUGAGACCCCAAAGCAAAUUGACUAUAUAUUGGCUCAGUACACCAACACCAAGAACAAGGCAUUCUCAGACCUGGAUGGUAUCGGUUCCUUGCUGGGAGGCAAAAUAAAAGACCAACUAAAACCCAAAGUAGUCCCUGUUCUCGGGGAGAUUAAGACCAUGGCGACAGUCAUCAAACAGACCAAGGAUGCCCUGCAGAACAUGAGCAGCAGUCUCAAGAGUCUGCAUGACGGAAGCGCACAGCUCAAUACCAACCUGACCGCUGCGAGAGAGAACAUCGAGAGCUCCCUCAACAGCGGAGACUGCGCUUCAGAGCCAGCCAGCAAGAUCUGCGAUAGCAUCAGACCAGAGCUAAGUGAUCUGAAGAGCAACCACGAUCCACUUCAGCUCCCAUCUGUGGAUAGAGAACUCAACACUGUCAAUGACAUUGACAAAACUGAUCUGGAGAGCCUCGUCAAAAUGGGGUAUACGUCGCUCGAUGAAAUACCGGAUAAGGUCCGAAACCAAACCGAGGUUGUCAUCUCAGAUGUCAAAAAGACAUUAGACUCCAUCAGCUCUGUCAUUAAGAAUGUGAGCCAAAGUAUUCCUAUUGAGGGGGUGCUGUCUGAGGCCUCCCGUUACCUUAAUGACAGCAACAGUUACUUCCACAAGGAGCUGCCCAAACUAGAAGAAUAUGACUCAUACUGGUGGCUGGCUGGCUUGAUUGUCUGCUUCCUGCUGACCCUCAUUGUGACUUUCUUUUACCUGGGCUUGUUCUGUGGGGUAUAUGGCUAUGACAAGCAUGCCACCCCAACCAGAAGAGGCUGCAUAUCCAACACUGGAGGCAUCUUCCUCAUGGCAGGCGUUGGCUUCAGCUUCCUUUUUUGCUGGAUACUGAUGAUCCUUGUGGUUCUUACUUUUGUUGUUGGGACAAACGUGGAAAAGUUGCUCUGUGAACCUUAUGCCAACAAGAAAUUAUUACAGGUUUUGGACACUCCCUACCUGCUCAGGGAAGAAUGGCAGUUCUAUCUCUCUGGCUUGUUAUUCAAUAACCCAAAUAUCAACCUGACGUUUGAGCAAGUUUACAGGGACUGCAAAAGGGGUCGAGGUGUGUAUGCUACUUUUCAGCUUGACAACGUCUACAACAUCAGUGAGAAUUUUGACAUCAAUAAGCAUACUGGAAACAUAAUCAAUGAGUUGGAAAACCUGAAUGUGAACAUCGGUAGCUUUGAACUGUUGGACAAAGCAGGAAGGAAAAGCCUUGAGGACUUUGCACACUCUGGGAUAGAUGCAAUCGAUUAUUCCUUGUACUUGAAGGAGGCUGAGAAACCUCCUACCAAAGUGGAUCUUCUGACAUUUGCCUCUUCUUUGGAAGCAAAAGCAAACCAGUUGCCUGAAGGGAAUUUGAAACAGGCCUUGAAAACGGAUGCAAAGAACAUUAAAGCCAUUCACCAGCAGCAAGUCCUUCCUCUGCAGCAAUCACUGAAUACUUUAAAACGAAGUGUCUCAACACUUACACACACGAGCGAUAAGUUGCUGGAGAAAGUGAACAAAACCCUUGGGUCUUUGGAUUCUGCUCAGCAUUUCGUCAACAGUAACAUUUCCUCCAUUGUGAUUGGAGAAACGAAGACAUUUGGGAAAACGAUAAUAGGCUACUUUGAACAUUAUCUGCAGUGGGUCUUAUACGCAAUCACAGAGAAGAUGACAUCCUGCAAACCCGUGGCCACCGCAAUGGACUCUGCUGUUAACGGCAUUCUGUGUGGCUACGUUGCUGACCCUCUGAAUUUGUUCUGGUUCGGCAUCGGAAAAGCCACGGCGCUCUUACUUCCUGCUGUAAUCAUUGCUGUCAAGCUCGCCAAGUACUAUCGCAGGAUGGAGUCAGAGGACAUAUAUGAUGAUGUUGAGACUGUACCCAUGAAAAAUUUGGAAAACGGUAGUAAUGGUUAUCAUAAAGAUCAUUUAUAUGGUGUUCACAACCCUGUUAUGACAAGCCCAUCUCGAUACUGACAACUGAGUUUGAAACUGCUUGAGCAUCUAGACAGUCAAAGCGAUGGAAGGCAUCCCAGACCUCGGAUAGUUUCUGAGUCUUCUAGAAAUUUCCAAGUGCAGAAGGAACCAUGGUGGCAAAUGUGGAGACUCGGGCGGUCACUGAGGACACGGCACCAGUGGUCUUGGGGUAGUGCUUUGUCAGGAAUGAACACUCAUGCUUAUAAUCCACGUGUGCAUCGCUGUUCAAGAGUGAUUCUCCCCAGUUCUGUUUUUAACUUUUUUUUUACACUGAAUUUCUAUUUAGACACUAAAACAUA